AUGUCCACCGGCACACCCCUCAAAAACACACUCCUCUCCUUCCCAACCUCCUCCACCCUCCUCAUCACCAUAAACCGACCCUCAUCUCUCAACUGCCUCGAUACCUUCACCCACAACGAACUCGAUCGCAUUUUCCGAUGGUUCGACGCUGAGCCGGGCCUCCGGUGUGCCAUCCUCACUGGCGUGGGUCGCAGUUUCUGUGCAGGCGCUGAUCUGAAAGAAUGGGAUUCGAGUAAUUCGUCAUCUACUUCUGCCUCGAGUCAAGCUCGUUCGUUACCCACGUCUGGUUUUGGAGGGUUGAGUCGUCGAGGCGGAAAGAAACCUAUAAUAUGUGCAGUGAAUGGGAUUUGUUUUGGGGGCGGGUGCGAGAUGAUUAUAAAUGCCGAUAUGGUGAUUGCAGAAUCACAUGCUGUGUUUGCGCUGCCGGAGGUGAAGAUUGGGGUGGUGGCUCUUGCUGGAGCGUUAACUAGGUUGGUGAGGACGGUGGGGAAACAAAGAGCGAUGGAGAUGGCGUUGACUGGGAGGACGCUGGGAGCUGAAGAGGCGAUGGAAUGGGGGUUGGUUAAUAGGGUUGUGGGGACGGGGAAAUGUGUAGAGGAAGCGAUUAAAAUGGCGGAAUUGAUAGCGGCGAAUAGUCCGGAUAGUGUGAUUGUGAGUAGAGAGGGAAUCAAGAUGGGAUGGGAAGGAGUUGGUGCGGAGGAGGGGACAAGAUUGAUAGAGCAAAAUUGGUAUAGUAGGAUGGAUAAGGGACCCAAUAUGAAGGAGGGAGUGAGGAGUUUUGUGGAGAAGAGGAAACCGAAUUGGGUGCCUAGUAAAUUGUGA